AUGCGUAAGUAUCUGGCAUUAGUAGUAGUGUACACAGUCACUAAGUCAGGAAGGGUGUACUCAGUCAGAUUCUACAGAGGUGCUAAAGGGGCGGUCAUUGUCUACGACAUCACAAAACACUCAACAUACGAAAACGUGGAACGUUGGAUGAAAGAAAUCCGUGAGCAAGCUGACCACAACAUAGUUAUAAUGUUAGUGGGGAACAAUAGUCAUUUACAGCAUCUACGAGCUGUGCCUACAGACGACGCCAGGGCUUUUGCAGAAAAAAAUAAGAUGAUUUUCAUGGAAAUAUCAGCUCUAGAUUCCACCACCGUAGAAGCAGCUUUUAAGAUUCUUUUAACAGAAUGUCUUGCUUUAACCAUGGACCCCCGUACCAGUGCCCAGGACGUGAUGCGAUGUGACCUGUGUGAGACCGCUGUGGUACAGAUCCACUGUGAUACAUGUCUUGUCAACCUGUGUAAAACCUGCUUGGGAGAACACUUGGUAUCUGAUGAAUCCAAGAAACAUGAAAUUGUCCCAUUCAAGCUCAGAAAAUCCGCUCCCCAAUACCCUGAAUGUACAUCUCAUAUCAAGGAAAGAAAAACAACUGCCAAAUCUUCGCAAAACAUCUUAUGUGCAAUUACAUAGCGAAGCAGUGAGCCCUAUUAAUCAAUGACAUGUUUGUAUGGAGGAAAUUCGAAAAAUCCACAACCUUGUUGAAAUUUAAAAAAGUUGUUUAAAUCAAUAUCUAGACAGCUGCACUUACUUGCAUCAACUUUUUGCAUUUUCCCUGGGCUGCCUACGAUUUUGCAUGAACUUUUGAGACCAACCCUGUGGUAUCAUACACAAUUUGUGUACUCAUAAUGCGUUAGCACUUCCGCUUCAGUUUUG